GGGGAGGUAAGUUAUUAUUUGAGGGGAAAGAAAGAGACAAAGUUGUUGGACUACGCGGUGCUCACGGGGAGGGAUUUUAUUUAUCUGGACCGACUCGUUUUAGCUCAGCACCGGUCUGCUGCGAGGCUGGGAGUAACGGAGCGCCGGUUCAAAUCGUUCCUGUUUCUCUGCCCAAACUUCUCUGCUACUAUCACCGAGUCCCGAACUGGAUCCCUUUUCUUCUUCUUCUCUCCCUUUGAAUCGGGAAUGAUUAAACCAGCCGAAUCGGAGCCGAGCCGAGCGGAUGGACGGACGUACGGACGGAGUCCAGCCAGCGUCCCGUGUGUAUCUUUUCUGUUCCCCUCUCUUUAAAGCCAGUGUAAUGUUACUGUGAGCACAUGAGAUGAACGGCAGACGUCGGCCGAGUCGACUAUCUGAGCACAAACGGGUUUAUUUUCUCGUCUACACUGGACCCACAUGAAGAGGCGACGGUCCGCAUCCUGCUGAACCUCCCCGCUUUGUGUUUUCAAAGAGAAGAGAAAGAAGGUGGACACUGAGAAGACUUUGCUGGAGUGGAUUUCAGAGAGUCGGAAGUCUUACAGAUGUGGAGGGUCGACAAAGGAAGCCCUCCAUAGGUCACAACGAAGUGUCCAUGUUUGUCUUAUUUCCUGGCUGGACUGGCUUGAAUUCUUUGUGUUUCAUGUCCACGGAGCCUACCUGUGUCUGUGGGUUUUCCACACGUGGACUUAAAUCAUGUUAAACUCUUGAAAUGUCUUAAGAAAUUAUUAUUUUUUUUAUUUAUCAGCUUUAUAUUUAUUUCGUGUAUAGAAGUUGUCCUUGUGAUUUCAAGAAUAUUUUUUUUUUUUUUUUUUUUAAACCCAUCUUUUUAGAGUUUGAUUCAAAUCAUUUCAAGUGUAGCCCUAUUAGGGCAUCUUUUGUUCUGCUGUACAUCUCCCUCACACUGUAUCUGAGUUAUUGCUCUGUAGCAUAAAGGAAGACACUGUAACUCUGGAGGCUCCCAUCAUGGACCGGCCUAUAAGCAAGCUGCUGGGGAAGCUGAAGCUCACCGACGCGGGCAGCGUGAAGUUCAACAGCUCCAAGAAGAAACACGACUCCGCCAACAACAACAGCAACACCAACAUCUCUGGAGCGUCUGCUCCCAGCUCCGCGGCCGCCUCGCCCUCCAGGCCCGGCCAGUUCUCCACCACCAGCGACGCGGGAGCCCCGGCGACACCGUCUUCCUCCACGCUGGGCGCCGAUGGGGAGCAGCCGCUGCAUCCCUCCACCUUGGCACAACUGAGGCGGCCCUCCUCCCAGCAGCGAGCCUCCUGCUACCUGACGGACAGAGUGGAGGCCCACCUGGGCCUGAGCCCUGAUGCUGACCCCGUGGGGGCGCUGGGCUCCAAGGCCUCUCUCAACCAGCGGCGCUACUCGCUGGAGCUCCAGCAGCUGGUCAGGCGGCAGCAGCUCCUGUCCCAGCCGCCGCCCCACUCCGUCCCGCUGCUGUACCCUGCUGCUCCGGGAUAUGGGUCCGCUCCCAGAGGGGGGUCGGCCGAGCAGGGCUACAACUCUGAACCUGAGAGGCACAAGCGCUUCUCCCUGCAAGAGGCCCUGCUGUACAAGCGCCUCAGCACCGGGGGUGAAGUGUGGGACAACCCCAGACCCGCUUCCCUGUCCCAUCCGCCCCAUCGCCCCUCUGAUAUACCUGGAGGGGGGAGCGUGGGUUUGUUUUACCCGCCCGGUCCCACCCUGAGCCCGUGUUCGUCGUUCAGCCUGCAGGAGUCGGUGCUGGUCAGCCCCAGGUCCAGCUUCGCCUCCAGCACGGCCAGUGGCGGGGGCGGGGGCAGCCCCAUAGGGAGCCGCUGCAGCAGCAACAGAACCAGCGGCAUCAGCUUGGGCUACGACACCCGCUACUCUGUUUCCGUCCAGCAGCAGCCCAUGCAGGCUGGAGGUUUUGCGGUGGGGUACGGGGCUCCAGGCAGAGCCGGGGUCACCGCCGCAGAGGCCUGGACUCAGUACCUGGAGGGAGGGGGCCGCCCUGGGCCGUACGACAGCCGCCACUCAUACCCACCUGCGGUGGGAAGCCCGGCGGCGGCCUGCUACCAGGGAGGCCCCGAUUGGUGGGAGGACAAGCAGGGGGCGAGAGGGAAAGAGGCGGCCCGGUACUCGGACCUGCCCGGAACCCGCUACCAGGAGGAGCUGACCCGGCUUCUCCUGAGGGAUGCUGCCCGAGAAGGCGGAGGGUUGCUGGAGGGCCUGAGGCUGAAGGAUCAGCCUCUACCCUCACCGGGGACGGCAUCAGCCACCGGGCCGGUCCGACCUCAGGAAGACUCCGGUGCAGCUGGAAGAGAGACGGCGGAGAACCGGCAGGAGUUCUUUGGUACCUGUGUGAAGUGUGGGAAAGGUGUGUACGGGGCGGAUAACGCCUGCCAGGCUCUGGAUCACCUCUAUCACACUCGCUGCUUCACCUGCGUCUCCUGCGGUCGCACCCUGAGAAACAAGGACUUCUACAAUGUCAACGGCUCUGUGUACUGUAAAGAGGAUUACAUGUUUUCGGGAUUCCAGGCGGCUGCUGAGAAGUGUAGCGUGUGUGGUCACCUCAUUCUGGAGCAGAUCCUGCAGGCUGUUGGGAACUCCUACCAUCCCGGCUGUUUCCGCUGCGUGGUGUGCUCCAAGGCUCUGGACGGGGUCCCCUUCACUGUGGACCAGCACAGCAACAUCUACUGCGUGGCAGACUACAACAAGACUUUUGCUCCAAAGUGCGCUGCCUGUUUGCAACCCAUCUUACCGACUGAAGGCAGCGAGGAGAUCCUCAGGGUCGUGUCUAUGAACAAGGACUACCACUUUGAGUGCUACCACUGCGAGGAGUGUGGCAAGCAGCUCUCCGAUAAGCCCGGCUCGCAGUGCUUCCCUCUGGACUCUCAUCUCCUCUGCCACUCCUGUCACAUGAGCAGAGUGUGUGGCACACACAGCGUUCCCCCACACAAGACACACUGAUCACGUCGGGCAGCUGUGGAUUUCCUUUUCUUAAAGAAUCGAUCGACGCGUUCUCAAGUCUUUCUUGUGCAUCUUUUUAAAACGAAACUGCUGACGUCGAGACAUUUCAUUUAGUCACAUUUCAUGUCCUCUGAUUGGUCCGUCACAUGUGCUGCCUGCUGUACUUUUUGUACUAUUACUGUACUAUAGUUUUAAAAAAAAAGGGAACAAACUACUGCUCUUUAACCCCAGUGUUGCUACUGUUUGCUGUAGAAGAACAAAAGGGAUUUUACUGAAUUAUGUUGUGUAUAUACAUUAUGACUAGCAAACUUUUGCACUUAAAUUUUGACUUUACUGUACGUUACAUGAAUCUGUGCAAGCUGAAGAGAAACCAUGUUGUCAUUUCUGUGUGUUAAGUAUUUUUCCAUUUGUGCUCAGAUUGUGUACUUACAGAUAUUGGUCACAAUUUCAAUAAAAGCAAAUGUUAACAGAU